GACCUUGUCGUGAAUGUAAACAAAUGACAAGUUUUCCGGGACACGUUGGAACUUUUCACAGUGUACAUUUUUGACACGAUAUAAAUAGAGUUGACAGGGCAUACAUAUAAAAUGAAUAUUAUUCAGUUAAAACAUAUCAUUUUCUGUGAGAAUUCUUUAACAUCUGGCUCAGAAUCGAUAAAGAAAAUACAAAACGAAAAUGUUAGCUGUGCAAACACUUCCGUGUAGACAAAUGGAAAAUGUGUUGACAAAUCAGCCUUUAUCAGUAAAUAGAACAGUGGAUUUAAGUGAAUCUACAUCAGCUCCUGAAGGUGAUGUAACAUUUCUUGAUCAGAAUAGUGCGUUCUAUUUCAAACAUUUGAUAAAGAAAUACAGAAGACAAAUGGGUGAUGUUGGUAACAACAGUGUGUGCUCCGGAGGGUUACAGCAGUAUCUCAUCAAACAGGGGGAAAAGAAAGAGAAACAACGAUUGGAGAGAGAAAAUACAGGACAGGAACAGUCAAGAUUUGAGCAGCUGCCAGUCGAUGUAAGACUUCACAUAUUUUCUUACCUAACAGCAACUGAUUUAUGCAGAUCUUCACAAGUGUGUCGUAGUUGGUAUGACAUCACAGAAGACAAUUUGUUAUGGGCGGGGCUUCUGGAGCGUGACAUAAGACACUGGAAUAUGAUUGGCCAUAAUACCAAUCCUGCCAUAUACAAAGAAGUGGAUUCAGACUGGCCAAACAAAGAAAUAUAUUUGAGAUGCUCACCAGAAGUAAAUCGUUUAAUGCACCAGCAAAAUGCUUUAUUCAGUAAUAUUUCCAACAUGUUGCGAUAUUUCUUACCAAAGAAAACACCGUUAUUCACUAUGUUUGGACCUGGUUUAGAAUCAAAUACAAGUGGUCUAGUGAGAAAAAUUAUAGAGGAAUCCGAAUUUCAGAAAACAGGAAUGUUUCCAGGAAAAUUUGAAGGUGUUGGUGGAGGUUUCACAUUGAAAAGUCCAUCUGGUUCUCAGUUCAAUUUAUCAGUGAUGUAUUCAGCCUCCAAAAGAGAGAGGGAACAGACAAACAGAGACCGUAACCAGGGAAACAGAUUUAUGAGACUCCGAAAGAAUGCUGAAGGGGUAGAGAACUAUGAGCUGGUCCCUGCUGUACAGGAUUUUUGUAGAACUGUAGAUGGUUUUAUAUAUGUUGUUGAUGCCACACCAAGCAGUCCUGAAGGAUUGAGUGAGUUGUUAGCCAUGGUGAGUGAAAGUGUCGCAACACAUGUCCCUGUGCUGGUCCUAUCCACCAUUGUGCAGGCCGGCACAGCCAGAUUGCCAUGCUGUGAUGUUGUUGAAAGGCUCAAACUUGCAGAUCUCAAUAGACCAUGGCAGGUACGAGACUGUUCCAUAGACACAAGAGAAGGUUUGUUGGAAGGUUUUACAUGGCUGUCAGAACAAUCACAGCGAAAAUAGCAAUAAACCAAAACAAGUUAAUAUUUGAACAAGGUUUUGUUUUACUACUGGUACUUGAUUUGGAAAGAUGGAACUCACAUUUAGAUAGCUUUUGAACAAGGACUUGCUACAUAGCUCGAUUGGGAGAAACUUGCUUUAAUUUGUAUUACAGUAGCUUGGGGAAAACCAGUCACAUUCCUUGUACAGAUUGCUUGGGGAAAACAGAGGUGCUACACCUUGUGAAUUGAUAGUGCUUUAUACACAAGUGUUGAACAAUGAAUACAUGUCUUAAAGAAGCCACAAAUAUUAGUCCCUUGAUAUUUUAAGCCAGUGUAAUAUUCAAAUAAGCAAUGUAAAUUAUUUCACUCUGAUGUUGCGGAACUAGAGCUGUGAUCAAAGAACCCAUAUUUAUUAUUUUUCUUUGUUAUGGGUGAGAGAAUAUAACAUUCUAAAUAUUGUACUCAUUUGCACAAAGUAUAAAGUCAUGUAUUUAUCUCGUAUAUUAAAAUGUUUCAAGUUUUAUUGA